UGGAGCACAGCAGGUGCUGCAGCACCGACCUGAUCCAGACCCUGCUGGUCUGGGGAGGAGGGCUUCUGUUGUCAUUAGCUUGCUUGGUGAGGCCCUCUCCAGGAAGCAGUAGCCAACACCAGAUGAGCCCAAAAUCAGCAUAAACAACUGAGCAAGGACCUGUGCAGACCUGGUGAAUACAACAGGACCCCUUUGACUUCAUCAGUCGUAGAAACAUGAAGAUGUUAUUUUUCCUAUGUCUUUUAAUUGUUUGGAUUCAUUCCAACAGUUAUUGCUAUGAGACAAAUCACCAAGGUGUAAGAAACCAAAAUCAAAGAGGCCAAGAAAACCGAAACAUGCCACAGCUCAUUGUAGGGAACAGUGUUUGUCAGUUUGCAUGUUGUUUCUACAAAGAGAUUUCUUCUCGACAAAACAGUGGGAAUGUUUUCUUCUCUCCUUUGAGCAUCUCUACCGCCUUUGCAAUGAUGACUCUGGGUGCCAGAUCAGACACUCUGUCACAGAUUCUUAGGGUCCUUAGCUUUAACCCACGUGAAAUUUCUGAAAAUGAAAUACAUGAAGGUUAUCGUCAACUCAUGCAAAUGGUAAACAGAAAGAAUGAGGGGUUACAGCUGAAUAUGGGAAAUGUCCUGUUUGUGCUUGACCGACUGAAGCCACAAGAUAAAUUUUUAAGUAAUCUCAGAAACUUCUACGAAGGAGAAGCUUAUCCUAUGAACUUCAAGAGGGCUGAUCAAGCCCAGAUAAAGAUCAAUGAAUAUGUAGCAGGAAGAACCAAUGGAAAAAUCAGGGAUCUCAUAAAUAACCUCGAUCCACUUACUGAAAUUCUCCUUAUUAGCUAUAUUUAUUUUAACGCUCAAUGGGAAAAACCUUUUGAUACAAAAUACACUAAGAAGAACAAAUUCUAUGUGGAUGGGAACAAGGCUGUUGAAGUCCCAAUGAUGUUUGGAAUGGGCCAGUUCAAGCAUGGCUAUGAUGAACAGCUGUCUUCCACUGUGGUGCAAAUGGAUUACAAAGGUGGUGCUUCGGCAUUUUUUGUUCUGCCUGAUCAAGGAAAAAUGAAGAAGCUGGAGAAAAGGUUGUCUUGUGAACGUAUGUCAAGGUGGAGGACGUUAGUCUCAAAAAGCUCAGCAAACGUGUAUCUUCCGAAAUUCACUCUUUAUGGGACAUAUAACCUAAAAGAUAUCUUAUAUAAAAUGGGUAUCAUGGAUGUAUUCACUGAUAAGGCUGACCUGUCUGGGAUCACUGGGCAGCCCCAGCACAGAAUUUCCCAGGCUAUUCAUAAGGCUGUGGUAAAGGUGGAUGAGACUGGCACUGAAGCGGCAGCGGCCACAGGCAUGGAAAUAGUGCCUAUGUCUGUUCCGGCUACCAUUACAUUCAACAGGCCCUUCCUAAUGGUCAUAACUUUGGAAAGCAACAUACUCUUCAUGGGAAAAAUUGUGAACCCUCUGAAAAAAGAUUUUGAAAAGAAGAUGAAGUAUCUCCAGUGCCUGUGUUUACUCCUUGCUGUUCUUUGUGCUGUAACCCAUUGCCACUGUGAAGACAUUUGCCAUGAAGUCAAUAAUACUAAUCUGAAUGAUGGAACAGAAAAUUUGUUAAUACAUAACUGUGACAAGAAAAGCUCUAACUAUGCAGAUUUUGUAUUUAGAUUUUACAAGCAGGCUAUAUCAAAAGAAGCUGAUAAAAAUAUUUUCUUUUCUCCCAUGAGCAUCUCCACUGCUUUUGCCAUGCUGGCUGUUGGUGCUCAGUCAACUACCCUGUCCCAGAUUUUUGAAGGCCUGGGCUUUGAUGAUCUGACUGAGACUGGCAUACAUAAUAUACAUGAAAGUUUUUGCAAAGUUUUGGCAGUACUGAACUGUACCGAUGUUAACAUUACAUUAAAUAUAGGGAAUGCCCUUUUUACAGCUACUGGUUAUGAACCACAGGAGACAUUUUUACAAAAUACCAAACAAUUUUAUGAUGCAGAAUUUUUUUCUAGCAAUUUCCAUAAACCAGAAGAAGCUAAGAAACACAUCAAUAAAUAUGUAAAGGAGCAGACCAAGGGGAAAAUUCCUGAAUUAAUUGGUCAUCUUGAUCCAAGUACUGUAUUGGUUCUUGUAAACUACAUUUAUUUUAAAGCUGCCUGGACAAAGUAUUUUGAUCCUUUGCGUACACAUGAGGAUGAUUUUUUUGUGAACACAAAUGCAUCUGUUAGAGUCAACAUGAUGCAGCGUGACAGUAACUAUGACAGUUACUAUGACAAGGAGCUCUCUUGUGAGGUGGUAGAGCUGCCUUACCAAGGUACUACACGAGCAUUGCUUAUUCUGCCUGAUGAUGGAAAGAUGAAGCAAGUGGAAGAUGCUCUGUCCAAGGAAACUGUUUGUAAAUGGGAUAACAAACUCGUGACCAGGAGAUUAGAUCUGCAGUUACCAAAGAUUUCUAUUAGUGGAUCUUAUGAUCUUAAAAACCUGUUCAAGGAAAUGGGCAUUACUGAAGUAUUCUCUAGUAAUGCUGAUCUGUCUGGAAUUAGUGGCAGCCAUAAUCUUCAGGUUUCAGAAGCAGUUCACAAAGCCCUGCUGGAAGUUGACGAGGCUGGAACUGGGGCUGCAGGAGCCACAUCAGUAAUCCUUACCAGAGUUCUCCAUCCUUCUGUUACCAUCAAAUUUAACAGGCCUUUUAUUAUCUUGAUUUCUGACAAAGAAACCCACACCACACUUUUCCUGGGGAAAAUUGUCGAUCCUACUAAGAAAUAAUUGCUGAAUUAUUUGUCAUACUGUGAUUUGGCAUGAGUUAUAAUGGCUACAGGGUUUGCACAUGCAGGCUAGUUAGUGCUACUAACUACUCUCUGAUUGAGGGAUAUUCAGAGUAAAUGAGGAAUUA